AUGGAUUCUUGUGCCAAAAAGAGAAAGAGAAAACCAUUUAUCUCCAUGUUUUAUGGGUUGGAAUGUGAAGAAGAUAAGAAUGUAGAGAUAAAACCGAGGACAUUUGGCCCUGAGCAUCAUAAGAAGGCUGUAUUUGUGGUAGUCAAUGCUUGCUCUAGCAAGGAUUACACAAAUAAUAUAGUAGGAGUUCGUUUUGUUGGUCAGGAUGUUACUGGUCAAAAAGUGGUGAUGGACAAGUUUAUCAACAUUCAAGGUGAUUACAAGGCUAUUGUUCAUAGUCCCAAUCCUUUGAUCCCUCCCAUAUUUGCUUCAGAUGAUAAUACGUGUUGCUCUGAGUGGAACACUGCUAUGGAAAAGCUCACUGGGUGGGCUCAAGGGGACAUCAUAGGAAAAAUGUUAGUUGGAGAGGUUUUUGGCAGUUGGUGUCGACUCAAGGGUCCAGAUGCUUUGACAAAAUUCAUGAUUGUCUUGCACAAUGCAGUUGGAGGGCAAGACAGAGAUAAGUUCCCAUUUUCUUUCUUUGAUCAAAAUGGGAGAUAUGUACAGGCUCUUUUGACUGCAAACAAGAGGGUAAAUAUGGAUGGCCAGGUUAUUGGAGCCUUUUGCUUCUUGCAGAUUGCUAGUCCUAAAUUGCAGCAAGCUCUGAAAGUUCAGAGGCAACAGGAGAAGAAAUGCUUUGCAAGAAUGAAAGAGUUGGCUUACAUUUGCCAGGAAGUAAAGAAUCCUUUGAGUGGUAUUCGCUUUACAAAUUCACUUUUGGAGGCUACAGACAUGGCUGAAGAUCAAAGGCAAUUCCUUGAGACUAGUGCUGCUUGUGAGAAGCAGAUGUUGAAGAUUAUAAAGGAUGUUGAUCUGGAGAGUAUUGAAGAUGGUUCAUUGGAGCUUGAGAAGGGAGAAUUCUUUCUUGGGAGUGUCAUAAAUUCUGUUGUUAGCCAAGUAAUGAUGCUGCUGAGGGAAAAAAAUUUGCAAUUGAUUCGUGAUAUUCCGGAAGAAGUCAAAUCAUUGGCUGUUUAUGGUGAUCAAAUAAGAAUUCAACAGGUCCUAGCUGAUUUUUUGUUGAAUAUGGUGCGUUAUGCACCAUCUCCAGAAGGUUGGGUAGAGAUUCAUGUUCGUCCAAGCUUGAAGCAAAUUUCUGAUGUACCCACUCUUGUGCGUACAGAAUUCAGGUGCUAUUGUAACGCCCCAAAAUCAUAG